UCUCGUAUCAAAUAUCAUUCGCCAGUCGGCUGUCUAAGACUAAAUUUCUUUAUUUUGAAAAAUAAAACGAAAAAAACUAAACUUCUGCAGGGUUUUUUUAACAAAAUCUUAAAUUUAGUAGUGUCUAUUACUUGAUGUCGCUACUUUUUGGAUUUCCAUUCAAAAUUAAAAUAUAAUAUUGAAGUCAUCAGACUGCAUUUGCGGAUUGCAAAUGACUUUAAGAGCCAUCUCAGGAAUCCAUUUAACACGAACUCGGUUUGGCCGAACGCCGUGGUUGUUUACUUCAGGUGUUUUGCCCACCAUGGUGGACAUACAGGAAAUACAGACCGAUGGAGCAACAGGUUCGACUACAAAGGAAAGGGGCCUGAGCCGUAAACUAAUUUUUGGGAUAUCGAUGGAACGCCAUUCAUCGGUGGUAUAUUCUGCUCAUCGACGCUACUCGACCUUUGAGAAGACCCAUACGGAAAUUCUAUCAAAACUAUUUCCGCAAACCUCAGUUAAGCCAAAUGAUGAAGAAAGCCAGAAACGACAAAAGCGCGAAGAGGAGGAGGCAAAGGCAGAGUUUGAGCGGGCCUGGAGGCGAAUGAAACUUGGGUUAAGUGCCUUUGGAAUGGGCGGUUUGCUGUUCUCAUUUUGGGCCAUAUAUUUUUUUGGACAGCCAACACUCGACGAGGAGGGAAACGAGGCCGAUGAUGAGUUUAGCAAAUUGCCGGCAAUUCAACAAUAUAUCGGACGAACCUGGAGGCAGGUGAACAAGUUUACACAGUUUAUACGAGAGCCUUCGAGUCAGAAACUACUUCCAGACGAAUUGCAUGCGCCCUACGUGCAGCCGCCAUAUACAUUGGUGCUCGAAGUUAAGGAUGUUCUAAUACACCCUGAUUGGACAUACAAAACAGGCUGGCGUUUCAAGAAGCGUCCUGGAGUAGACUUGUUUUUGAGUGAAUGUGCCAAAUACUUUGAGAUCGUAGUCUACACGGCGGAACAAGGAAUGACUGUAUUUCCGCUCCUCGACGCCCUCGAUCCAAACGGUUACAUAAUGUAUCGUCUAGUUCGCGACUCGACACACUUUGUUGAUGGCCACCACGUUAAGAAUCUGGACAAUCUCAAUCGCGAUCUGAAGCGUGUGGUAGUCGUGGACUGGGACAAGAACUCAACGAAGAUGCAUCCGAGAAACUCAUUCUCGAUACCCCGAUGGUUGGGAAACGACGAUGAUACGACGUUGUUCGAUCUGGUGUCGUUUUUGAGUGUUCUCGGCAUCAGUGAGACCGAGGACGUGCGUGAGGCGCUGCAGUACUAUAGCCAGUUUGAAGACCCCGUUGCCAAGUUCCGUGAAAACCAGCAAAGACUCAGCGAAAAAAUGUUGGCUGAAGAGUUGGAAAAGUCUAGCAAACCACAGCCGAUGGUCAAAAACUGGACUCGUCGCUUUUCCAAUAAUUAAAGACCUUUGAAA